AUGCUUGGUGGCAUCGAUGCGUGUUUUGCGAAGUUUGUGGAGCGCGAGCGUGCUCUGCAGGGUUUGCCAGCUUCGCCGAAAACAGCCAGUUAUGAUGCCUUCCAGAAGACCUGUGUGCAGGCUGGAUUCAGCAAGAUCGCGCCCAAGGCCGAUCUGAAAAUGCUAUUCCUCUUCCUGCACGAGAUGCCAGGGCGACAAGCAACAGGCUACCUGAGCUUCAGCGAGUGGUCGCUGCUGAAGGGGUUUCACUCCAAAGCCAUUGCUGGCAGUCCAGCACGCCUCCGGCGCAUCAUUGAAGAGGUUUACGGCAGUGUUGAUGAAGCCUUUCAGCGCAUGCACACUGCUUGGUUGCGGCGAGCUUUGGCCAAAGGAUUGAAGCAGACUGCCCUGGCUGGACUGAUGCACUGUGUGCUUAACCCGAAGCCAUCUCUUGAGAGAGCGCCAAGUCGAGCCUCAGGCAGCUCAUUCUUGGCAAAUUUGGCCAACAGCAGGGGCCCCUGGCUUUUUGGCAAGCGUGAUGCCUCGCCCCUAUCUCUGUCAAAGACAAGCUCAAGCCAAGUCAGCCAAGAAUGCAAUGCCUAG